AUGGCACAUAGCGACGCGACGAAUGCCAUCGGCCUCGUCGCAGUCCUCCUACUGAUACGGUCCCGUUCUGGACCUAGGCUUGUCUUCCAUCAUCCAGAGGAGGCACAGCCGACCUUCCCAGCCCGACAAGCACAGCGCUCCGACACAGAUGACUCGAGCUCAGAGACUGACGAUGACAAUGAUGCUUCCGACAGAAAAGCUGCCCGGACCUCUGCAAAAGUUGAUGGCAACGAAGACGGUCAUGCCAACGGACGCCUCGGCUCCGAAAGUGUAUUUGGUCACUCUAUCGACAGCUUAGAGAAGCUACUGUCCCCGGGAAGGUGGUGUGAUAGGAAGAAAUUCGAGAUCAGGAUUAAUCGUCUUACCUUUGUCGGCCACCCUGUAUACUCGCUGGAAGAUGGCGCCUGGACAGCCAAGGAUAAAUCAGCUAAAGAUGCCCGCAAAGCCAAAGAGACCACGAACCGAGAAUACGCAGACUACCAUAUGUACUUGAAUCCGGAAAGCCUGGCGAAUACACCGCCCCACCUGGGCCCGAUGCGAGAUGCAGAACGAGACUUUACGCACAUGCCCGACAGCUUUGACUCGCAAACCAUUGACAAGCUCGGGACCUCAGCAGACAGCCAUGCUACAGUAUCCAGUGGGGGUCAAGCGGCGGAGCAGUUAUCCUUGUUCCACGUUGUUUUUGUGUUAUCUUCGCAUGACCAUGAACGUCAGCAACGCGCGAAUGCAGUGUACAACGAUCUGGCGAAAGUUCUUAGCAGAGCCCUUCACUACUGUCAAAAGCAGGCAAACUACGUGUCUAACGAAAGCCGUCGGCUGUUGGCACUCCGAGCGAAGGCGAAGCAGAACCAUUGGCCUUUACCCGAGCUACGGAAGCAAUUGAUCGAGACAAGUGAGCUCGCGUGGGCGCUUAAAGAAAUCUUCGAGCAUGUCUCAACAGGCGCUAUAGCUGCCGUCAGGCUAAAUGGCAUGGAAAUGUCCCUGCAUGUCGAUGGAAGCAACGAUGCGAGAACUGAUGGCAGCAACGAUGACCUUGAUUCGCUUUGUGCUCUGCUUCUUCUCGAAAGGAAAGAGACUCUUCUCCAAGAACUUUCGCAUCCCGAUGCAGCACCGCUAGCCCAUUUCGUCAGAGAGCACAUGGCGACCAAGAGCCUGCAGAAGAAUGCCAAUAGACUCGGCGUUCCCAUCAAGGAUGUUCUGUUUCUUGCCCAACAUCUCCUGAAAUGGCGCAAGGCUCGACUUAUCACACCUUUGCAUCAGCGCAAUACUUACGUCGUCAGUCCCAGUGCACCUCUCAAUCAGCUUUCAAGGCUGGGCGAAGAAUAUGCAAAAGCUUACCCUACGUUGCCGAGCCUGCCAAAUAUGCUAAAGAUUUUGAGUGGCAAGCCUAUUAAGUAUGGCCUGUUGAUUCCAUCACGAGAUCACCGCGUGGCAUACAUGGACAUUCUGUCAUUCCUCGCUCGCCACAGGCUAGUUGUCCAGCUCAAGACAUGCGGCUGGCUACGCAUACCCAAAGAUUUGGCUAAGCAGACACGACUGUCGGGCAUUGACCCAAACAGAAGACCUGUUUCAGUACGUAGUCUGCUAUCGCCACAUCUUCGACCGAUGGAGGACGAUUUGGAGAGUGUCAGCUCAGACAGGACAGCAAUCGCACUUUCCACAAAUAAGAACAUGAAGAGACCUGGUCAAGGCACUGCUACAACUUCUGUACUCAUCACGGAUCCAGCUUAUCCAACCGAAGAGCAAGCUCGUUUGCUGGAGGCGCUACAAGAUAGACUGGACCAUGAGCUGGCAGAACACUUCUCGUCAUUCCUGCAUCUUCUUGAUGGCGAGCACGCGUUCGAAGACAUUGCAGCUAGGAUAGGGGUCAAGCGAGUCAAAGUGGAAGAAUGGCUGGCAGAUUUCGAGACGCGAGGAUGGUUGAUGAGUGUGAGGUAUAUAUGCGCUUGA